GCUAACUCGGCCUCAGGAUACCUUCACUGGUUGAAUGAACCUCUGCCGAUGCUUCGAUUACUUGUAGGCACACUUUGCAGGGAUCUUUUGAGAUUGGAAACGACUUCAAGACACGUUGGGAGCGGAUUCCAAGCAUCACCAGGCACGGAUAUUUUGGGUGUGGCGUCGAAGUUACUAACUGUGGCUGAGGAGUGUGGCUGGUGGGUGAUAUUUCAUUUUGGCCAAUCAUCGACAGUCUUCCCCAGAGCCGAGGUUGGUGUGGUCUGCUGCACUGUCUGAACAAUGUACAUUGUAUAUCCUACUGUAGGUUCAUCCAUCCAUUCUACAACCUUUCCAUCCUGGCGCAUCCUCGUGGAUUUCCUAUACAUGCGCAAAACAAGCAAUAGCACAGACUGAGGCAGAGGAUGGCGGACCAAGACCCACGAAGAGGCGCCUCGAUCCCCGAGUGGCAGAAGACGACUCACCAGCCCUCUACCUCCUCCGAAGAAAGCGCCUCUUCAUCGAGCGACCAACCAUCAUCCUCCGGCCAGACUACAGGCGCUGAUGCGGCCAACAACCCAACGAGCGAGCUCUCUCUGCUCGAGCAAGCCCGCAAAUUUCUUGACGAUGACGCGAUUCGCGAGGCACCGCGGGAGCGCAAAGUCGCAUUCCUGCAGAAGAAAGGCCUCUCGGCCGACCACAUCGACACUCUCCUCGGCAGUGCGGAUGAGCAAACUUCAUCCCAGUCCGAGCCAGAACUUCCCUCCGAGUUAAAGACUGUCCAUGACAGCAACAGCAAUACCAACAUCGACAGCUCAAACAAGACAGAGACCCAGUCACAAACAACGUCCGACCUAGAAACUCCUCCAGCUACACCAUCCGUGUCCGAAGAACCCAGCGCCGCAGUGUCAGUGUCCAGCAACAGCAACAACAACAACAAGAGAGAAAUACCUCCAAUCAUCACAUACCCCGAAUUCCUAUUGAAACCGCAGAAACCACCUCCACUAGUCACAAUCGACCGCCUCAUCAACGCGGCAUACCUAUUCACCGGCAUCUCAGCCCUAACAUACGGCGCGAGCAAAUACAUAGUCCAACCAAUGCUGGAAACACUCACGGAGGCGCGUCACGAGCUGGCAGAAACGACACUUUCCGAUUUGGACGUCCUAAACAAAAAGCUCGAAUCGACCGUGUCUCAUGUCCCUUAUUUCCCCAGCAGCACCGUCCUACAGAAACAAACCAACGUCAACAACAUCGACAACAACGACGACAUUGAAUCCAUCGACUCGGACCCAACCGAACUCUUCCAUCGGGACAUAGCCACACAGACCUCGCCGCCACCGCUCUCGCGUUCCAACUCCCUGUCUUCAGAAACGCAAGGCAGAACUGCCCAAGACCCGACUGCCGCACAAGCGUCCAGACUGCAAUCGCUGCACGGCACGCUAUCAUCCCUGUUACAUUCGACCACGACCCAUUUCUCCCAAGACCGCCUUAAGGACCAAGUAUCCCAACUUCAGAUGGUGCUGGAUAAAUUAGAAACGAGCUACAACCCUUUUGCCAUCGACUAUUACGGUACUCCUAGCAGCAGCAGUUUCGGAACUUACUCUUUCCAACAAGACGACAAGAGCAAACAACAACAGUCAAAGAAACCCGACGCCGAGGCUCAAAAGUUCAAGUCGGAGAUCAGGUCGCUCAAGGGCGCCUUACUGAGUUCGAGAAACUUCCCGACUGCAAGGCCUGCUGCUCCUUUUGUGUUGCCCACUAGUAGAUGAAGAUGUGCCUAGGUGUAUAUAUCUACAUAUCUACUGUAUUGUCCCCGAGUGGUUCUUUGCUUUUCCAUCUGCGACGACCUGCAUUGCGGCGUUGCUGACAUGGGCAUCGCAGUGAUAUGAUUGAUAGUCUAAUGGCUGCAUUUGGAUAGUAUAACAUAACAAGUGUACCAGUAUACUGUCAAGGCUGAUGGAUCGUUCUCAAGACUUCAAGUUCUC